AUGGAACAGAAGCACAUUUUCUUGUCUGCUCUGAGUGUUGGUGUUGGGGUUGGGGUGGGCCUGGGGUUGAGUUCUGGGCAGGCUGUGAGCAAAUGGGUAAACGGUAAUUGCUCGGCCGAUGAGGUUACCGCGGAGCAGAUUGAACAGGAGCUGAUGAGGCAGGUGCUGCCUGGCAGAGACAGCAAAGUUACCUUUGAGGAGUUUCCUUAUUACCUAAGAGAAAGAACUCGGAUGUUGUUAACAAGUGCUGCAUAUGUUCAUCUGAAACACUCUGACUUAUCCAAGCACACCCGGAACCUUUCACCUGCAAGUAGAGCUAUUUUGCUCUCAGGACCUGCUGAACUUUAUCAUCAAAUGCUCGCCAAGGCUUUAGCACAUUACUUUGAGUCGAAGUUGCUGUUGUUGGACAUUACUGACUUUUCUAUCAAGAUCCAGAGUAAAUAUGGGUGUGCCAAAAGAGAACCUUAUCUUAAGAGGUCUUUCUCAGAGGUGACAAUGGAGCGAAUGUCCAGUUUGCUUGGGUCUUUCUCAAUCCUCCCUUCAAGUGGGGACAGUAAAGGCACAUUAUGCCGGCAAAGCAGUACUACAGAUCUCAAAUCAAGGGGCGCUGAAGGGCCAAAUAAUUCAACGCUUCAAAGAAAUGCCUCCUCUGCAUCUGAUAUGAGUAGCUUCAGUUCCAAAUGUGCUCCCACAAGUUCAGCUCCUCUCAAACGCGUGACCAGCUGGUGUUUCGAUGAGAAACUUUUUCUACAGUCACUUUACAAGGUCUUAGCUUCCAUAUCAGAAACUGGUUCGAUCAUUUUAUACAUCAGGGACGUUGAGAAGCUUUUUCUCCAAUCACGGCGGUUAUACAAUUUGUUCAAUAAAAUGUUGAAGAGACUUUCAGGGUCAGUGUUAAUACUUGGUUCCCGGAUGUUAGAUGCUGAAGAUGAUUGCAAAGAAGUUGAUGAGAGGCUUGCUGGUUUGUUCCCAUACAAUAUUGAGAUCAGCCCCCCUGAAGAUGAGACUCAUCUUGUCAGCUGGAAAGCCCAACUGGAAGAGGACAUGAAGAUGAUCCAGUUCCACGAUAACAAAAACCACAUAGCUGAGGUACUUGCAUCAAAUGAUCUUGAGUGUGAUGAUCUAGGUUCCAUCUGCCAUGCAGACACAAUGGUCCUCAGCAACUACAUAGAAGAAAUCGUUGUAUCAGCGAUAUCUUAUCAUUUGAUGCAAAAGAAGGAUCCAGAAUAUAGAAAUGGAAAGCUUGUUAUAUCAUCGACGAGUUUGUCCCAUGGAUUGAGUAUAUUCCAGGAGGGAAAAAGUGGCGGGAAAGAUUCUCUGAAACUGGAGACCAAUGCUGAUUCCAAUAAGGAAACUGAAGGGGAAGAGGCUGUCGGUGCAAAGACUGAAACAGAGAAAUCUGGUCCUGCAGUAAAGAAGGACAGCGAGAAUCCACCUCCGCCAAAAGUUGAAGUUGCGCCUGACAAUGAAUUUGAGAAGCGCAUAAGGCCAGAGGUUAUCCCUGCAAAUGAGAUUGGAGUCACAUUUGCAGACAUUGGUGCAUUGGAUGACAUUAAAGAAUCACUUCAGGAGUUGGUCAUGCUCCCACUUCGAAGACCAGACCUUUUCAAAGGUGGGCUUCUUAAGCCUUGUAGAGGCAUUUUGCUUUUUGGUCCUCCUGGCACUGGAAAAACAAUGCUGGCAAAAGCCAUUGCAAAUGAAGCGGGAGCAAGUUUUAUCAAUGUCUCGAUGUCCACCAUCACUUCAAAAUGGUUUGGAGAAGAUGAAAAAAACGUCCGAGCUCUGUUCACACUUGCAGCAAAGGUCUCCCCAACUAUUAUCUUUGUGGAUGAGGUUGACAGCAUGCUUGGGCAGCGGACCAGAGUUGGGGAGCAUGAGGCCAUGAGGAAGAUAAAAAACGAGUUCAUGACACACUGGGAUGGGCUGUUGACAAAAACGGGAGAGCGAAUUCUUGUUCUGGCUGCAACCAACAGACCAUUUGACCUUGAUGAAGCAAUCAUCAGGCGGUUUGAGCGCAGAGUCAUGGUUGGUCUUCCCUCCGUUGAGAAUAGGGAAAUGAUCUUGAAAACUCUUCUUUCAAAAGAAAAGGUUGAAAAUCUAGACUUCAAGGAGCUUGCAACCAUGACAGAAGGUUACAGUGGCAGUGAUCUUAAGAACUUGUGUGUGACAGCAGCUUAUCGACCUGUGAGGGAGCUUAUACAACAGGAGAGACAAAAGGAUAUGGAAAAGAAGAAGAGAGAAGCACAAGGCAAGAGCACAGAAGAUGCUUCAGAGACAAAAGAGGAAGAGAAAGAGGACCGAGAAAUUACUCUGAGAGCUUUAAACAUGGAAGAUAUGCGGCAGGCAAAGAAUCAGGUUGCUGCCAGUUUCGCUUCAGAGGGAUCAGUAAUGAGUGAGCUGAAACAGUGGAAUGAUUUGUACGGAGAAGGUGGCUCAAGGAAGAAGCAACAACUCACUUACUUCCUGUAA